GGAAAUACUCCUUCAAUAAUUUGUUAGUCAUACGUAUUGAUGAUGUUGUCAAUCACAUCAAAUUUCUGUAUUAGUCUUUAUUCUCUUAUUGUUUCUUUCUUGUGGAAUUAUUCGGUUGAUCAAAAAUUUAAUUUGCAAGUAACUCCAGAACCCGAAGUUUACGACUUUAUAAUUAUUGGUGCUGGUUCAGCAGGUUGUGUCGUAGCAAAUCGACUCACAGAGAUAAAAAAGUGGAAAGUUCUUUUGUUGGAAGCAGGAGAUGAAGAGCCUGAGAUAACAAGUAUCCCUGGAUUCAUGCCUGAGCUUCCAGAAUCAAAUUUAACCUGGAAAUUCGAAGCCCAAAGUGAAAAAGAAGAUGAUUUUGUAAGGGAAAAAAUUGAAUGGCCUUGUGGAAAAGUAAUGGGUGGUACAAGCGCCAUUAACGCAAUGGUGUACAUUCGAGGUAAUCAAAAUGAUUACAAUAAAUGGGCACAAUUGGGAAACAAAGGAUGGAGUUACGAUGAAGUAUUACCCUAUUUCAUAAAAUCAGAAAAUAAUCGCGAUCCAAAUAUAGUAGAAAAUAAUCGAAAGUAUCACGGCACUAAUGGAUAUUUAUCAGUAGAGACUUUUCCCUCAAUAACCAACGAGGGUCGAAUUGUACAAGGAGCCUUCGAAGAGAUAGGAUAUAAUCUCACGGACGUCAAUGCUGAGAAUCAAAUAGGAAUAAUGCUCCCUCAGUCAACCACAAAAAAUAAUAUUCGUCAAAGUACAAAUCGAGCCUACAUUCGACCAAUAAGAGAAAUAAGAAAAAAUUUAUUCAUCAAAACACAAUCGUACGUGACAAAAAUUAUAAUCAAUUCAAAAACAAAGAGAGCCCACGGAUUGGAAUAUAUUUCACUUAAAACAGGCGAAUUAAAAAGAAUUACGACUAGAAAUGAAAUAAUUGUAUCCGGAGGCACAAUUAACUCGCCAAAGAUAUUAAUGGUCUCCGGAAUUGGUCCCAGUAACGAGCUUCAGAAACAUAAAAUCAAUGUCAUAAAGGAUUUACCAGUAGGACGUAAUCUCCAGGAUCAUGUUUCAUUUCCUGGUAUUUCAGCUCAAAUAAAAAAGAAUACAACAGAAACAAUUUUUUCCUGCAAUGAUAAUUUACUCAACUUAUUCAAUUAUUUUCUCACUAAAAACAGUUCGUUUUCUAUAUUAACAAAAACGAUGCUUUUCGCAUUUGUUAACACAAAAUCCAUAGAUGAAUAUAUCCCUGAUAUACAAUUUACAUUUAGAAAUUUUACCGAUAGACAAGUUAUAAUAAAACCAAUUUUACUGUCACCAAAAAGUCGAGGAUAUAUUACACUCAAUGAUAGUGAUCCAUUUUUUGGCACACCUUUAAUUUAUCAUGGUUAUUAUUCCAAUAGAUCGGAUAUCAAUACAAUGAUUGCUGGUAUUCGGUUAGCUAUCAAGAUACUCAAUGCCAAUAUAAUGAUGAGAAAUAAUUACAAAAUCGAUAGAGUACCCUUAGCUCCUUGCAAUAAAUUUCGUUACAAUCACGAUGAAUAUUGGAAUUGCACUUUAAGACAUCAUACUCAAACUGAAUAUCAUCCUGUGGGAACGUGUAAAAUGGGGCCAAGAGAUGAUCAUAAUGCUGUUGUUGAUUCGAGAUUAAGGGUUUAUGGUAUAAAAGGAUUGAGAGUGAUUGAUGCAUCGAUUAUGCCAACUAUUCCAAAAGGGAAUACCAAUGCGCCAACUAUUAUGAUUGCCGAAAAGGCCAGUGAUAUGAUCAAGGAAGAGUACAAGCUAUAA